GAGAGGGCGAACAAAAACGGCUUCGACCCACCUCACCGAGUUUCAUUCGAGUCGAGAGUAUUUCGGAAUUCGGUCUGUUUGUAGUGAUUUGGGUGUGUCGCUGACUAAAGAAUCAAUCAACAUGAGCGGACAACAGUACUACCCCUACAAGUGCACCCCCACCGUGUACCCAGCGGAGCCUUUCGACCCCGCUGCGGAUGCCGAGACCCUCCGCAAGGCGAUGAAAGGGUUGGGAACCGAUGAGAAAGCCAUCAUCGAUGUCCUCUGCAGACGCGGUAUCGUCCAGCGUCUUGAAAUCGCCGAGACCUUCAAAACCAAUUAUGGCAAGGACCUGAUCAGUGAGCUGAAGAGUGAGCUGGGCGGUAACCUGGAGAACGUGAUCGUGGCUCUGAUGACGCCCCUCCCCCACUUCUACGCCAAGGAGCUGCACGACGCCGUCGCGGGGCUCGGCACUGACGAGGAGGCUAUCAUUGAGAUCCUCUGCACGCUUUCCAACUACGGAAUCCGUACUAUCUCCGCUUUCUACGAACAACUAUACAACAAGAGCUUGGAGUCUGACCUGAAGGGCGACACAUCUGGCCACUUCAAGAGGCUGUGCGUGUCUCUCUGCAUGGCUAACCGCGAUGAGAACCAGGGUGUUGACGAGGGAGCGGCCAAGGCUGAUGCUGAGGCACUCGCCUCUGCUGGAGAGGGACAGUGGGGCACUGACGAGUCUGUGUUCAACUCCAUCCUGAUCACUAGGUCUUACCAACAACUCAGACAGAUCUUCGCCGAAUACGAGGCGAUGACCGGCAAGGACAUCGAAGAGACGAUCAAGAAAGAAUUCUCUGGAAGCAUCGAGAAGGGCAUGCUUGCUAUCGUUAAAUGCGUAAAGAGCAAAGUGGGUUUCUUCGCCGAGCGCCUAUACUACUCAAUGAAGGGACUCGGUACCAACGACAAGACCCUCAUCAGAAUCGUCGUCAGCCGCUCUGAGAUCGACCUCGGAGACAUCAAACAAGCCUUCCUUGACAAAUACGGCAAGCCCUUGGAGAGCUGGAUCGCUGAUGACACUUCCGGAGAUUACAAGAAGGCUCUGUUGACCCUUGUUGAGUAGAUUGUGGGCUCACGAAGCAGACAACGAUUGCGAUUUCCACCUAGCUCGUAAAUUUAAGUUUCGUCUUGUCAAUUUGUUAGGUUACUAAGAGAUCUGUUAGGUUUGUAGGUACGCUGAGGACUAUCCGAAGCUCAAAUUGCUCCAGAACUGCGGAACUGAAAUCCAAACAACUUUGCCCUCAGCGUGCCUUAAUUAUCUUUAGGUUACUCGUGCCGGGUGUAAAUUUUAUUUAAAAAGAUCUGUAUAUUUUGCUUUCUAUUAGCCAUACUCAUGAUCAUGUAACUUUUGCACUGUAGCUAACGCUUUGUGUCGUGUGCGUGCAUGAGGGUAGCGGUCCGUCCGUAUUUGGCCCUGUUGACUUAGUUUUACAAGUAGUUGUUCCAAUUGUUUUCAGGAGGAAAUAGCAGGUCCGAUCGGAGAUCUCCUCUCUACAAUGUGUUACUAAAGACACUACAAUGCUUAUCCAUAACACUCAGUAUUACGAGCGCCAUAUAAUGUGUGACAAUACAAUGCUGCAGUGUGAAGUUAUAUUCUAAUCACAUAUUUAUACGCGUGUCAGCAUAUAAUCGACCGAGUACAAUCACAUCAAUGUUGCAUUUUAAAGACAUUUAACUAUUAUAAUUUUAAGAUAUUCUCAUAAGUUUGUGAUACAUUUCUAAUACACAUUGUGUGAACACAAUCAUAAGUGAUGGGCCAGUUUCUCUAACUAGGUAGACUGUGCAAGCGGUAGAUUUAUUCCGGUGUUCUUUCCAGGACGAUCUAACCGGUGACUUCGGAAAUGUGCUAGUCACACUUUGUGCUUAAUCCAGCAGAAUGAAUUAUAUUUUUUUAUUUUAUUAAAAGUAAUUAUUUUUAUACAAGUAACUGUGUUUAGCUUGGCAUGCUAUAGAACUAAGCUACGUUACGAAGUACAAUGUAAUGGUUUGCAGGACGAUACGAAAGGCGACUACAAACGCGUGUUACUCACAGUAGUAUCGUAAGUGAUCGCAUAAUACUGCAUGACAGUCCUACUGGAUACAGUUCCAAACAAAACUACUUGUACUUUACAUUGUAUAACUGUUGAGAUGUUGUAGAAAUUAAAGCUUGAAUAUUUUUGUGAAAAAAUGAGAUAUUUAUUGGUGCUGUAGUUUUGUUUACAAUAUACACAUAUUUACAUUAAUUAUUAUUAAACUAUUAUGUAUGUU